ACAGAACAGGGCAUUGUACGCAAGACACGUCGGUAGUAUAAUUGGGCACUUCGCUGCUUUCACCAGAACAGAAAGCUCCAAAGUACCCAUGGCUUCAGUCAUGGCUUCUCAUGCUAUCCUCUUCCAAACCUCAAACCCAAUCAGACCCAAACCCAAGCUUAAACCUUUCUGCACCCCCACUCUCAAAUUCAGCCCCAACCCUAACCUUAACCCCAACAAAAUUCCAAGAUUCUCCCUCAGACCCCUCUGCGCCUCUCUCACCACAAACCCCCAAACCCUAAAUACCCAAAUCCCAUCUCAGUCUCCACCACCCCUAGCCCAUCUCCCUACUCGGACACUCACCACCCUCUUCGCCCUAACCCUAGCCGUCGUCCGCAACCUCUCAAUUUCACUAUUGAAAUUCGGAUCCCAAUUCGGACCCUCCAUCGGUUCCGCCGCCGGACCCCUCUUUUUCGCGGCGCUCGGAGACCGCCCGAGCGGCUACUUGAACACGCCGUUGACGGUGGUUGCCGCCGGACUCUCUAAAUGGCUCGAUAUCUACAGUGGGGUUUUGAUGGUUAGGGUUUUGCUCAGUUGGUUCCCCAAUAUUCCUUGGGACCGCCAACCCCUUUCGGCGAUUCGGGACCUCUGUGAUCCCUAUUUGAAUCUCUUUCGCAACAUAAUCCCGCCGAUUUUCGAUACCUUGGAUGUUAGUCCGCUCUUGGCUUUCGCAGUUUUGGGCACGCUGGGGUCGAUUCUCAACAACAGUAGAGGAAUGUAUUGAUUGAGCAAGAAAAAUUGGCGGAUUUGGGUUGGGAAGCAAUUGGGUUGAUGAAGAAAAGGGCGUAUGUGGGAAGUCUAUUUUGAUUAUUCUUUUCCAGAAAUGGAGAUCUCUUUCAAAGAGUUGAUUACAUUUCUCUGUGUUGUGUCAAAAUGUAUGUUUGAAGG